UUUUAAUGAGUAUAGGUCAAUACUUAAUUUCACUACAUUGAGCAGUAUUGAGGAUUCAGGAACAUAUACAUGUAUUGUUACUAUAGUACCAGCUCCAGCUUAUGAACAUGUUAUGACUUCUGAUACUAAUUACAUGAGUGUUAACUUAACUGUUACUGAUCCAAUGAUUGGAAGUUUCUCUGCCUCCCCUGACUCAUUUUUGGGUCUAGAAACAUCAUGUCCUGAUUCAGACCCAUAUGAUAACUUCACUCUUACCUGUACAGCCACUAAACCAACCAUAGUAAAACCAAACCUGGUAAUAGCAUGGACACAUAAUGGUACAAUAGAAACUGGUACUGUGACUACUACUGGAGAGGAUACUAUAACUACCACUAUUACUAAUACAUUGAGUUUUAAUGCCAGUAGGCCUUCUGAUUCUGGUACUUAUAGAUGUACUGCUAGUAUUACUAUACCUGAUUCAACUGGUAUCACUACUAGUGAGGAGAGCACUGUGACUAUAAGACCCCCGGCCCUACCUGUUCCUGCUAUUAAUGUAACAGCUACUCCAGGAACAAUUACUGCUGCUAUAUCAUUCAUAAUACCUAACAUUGCCUAUACACCUGAAACCUACAGUGUUAAGUAUACUGGAGCAAUCUUACAAACAACAGAAGCAACUUCUAUCAUAAGAAUGAGCCCUGAUGACAUCACUGCAAUAAACCAAGAAUUUACAAUCAUGUUAAAUGGUCUUGAGGAAGAUAACACUUAUACAUAUACAAUUGAUUCUACCAAUUGUCUUGGUACCACUAGUACUGUGGAGAUGAGCUUCAGAACACUUCCAACAUUGCCAGUGGCUCCUCCAAUGGAUUGUACCAAUAUAACAUUCUUACCAAGUAAUGUCACACUUAUCUGGACUGGACCAACGUUAAUAGAUCAAAAUGGAGCACCAGUUGGUUAUAAUUUAACAUGUAUGAAUGCUAAUGGUGUAUCAGUCAAUGGAUUGAGCCCAACACGAUCUUCAACAGACACAAUGUUCACUAUUACUGAUGUUAUGCCUUUUACUAGUUACACUUGUGAGCUGUCAUUUAUUAAUGUAGUAGGAGAAGGACCCCCUACCCAGUGUAUUUUUGAAACAGCUCAAAAUGUAUCAUACGACUCUCCUCAAAAUUUUACUUCCAUUCCUGACCUAAAUUCUGUUUUAUUUUCAUGGAUGGAACCAACCAGUACUAAUGGAAUUAUUAUUAAUUAUAAUUUGACAGUAACUAAAGUGAAUGAAGCAAAGCUAAUGACUUUCAUUAUUGAAGCAAAUCCUAAUCAAAAAAUUAUAAGCAAACUUGUUGUUGGUUUCAGUCCAUAUCAGAAUUACACUGCUAGUGUUAGUGCUAGUACAAUCAUUGGAGCUGGACCAGUGGCUACUACUGCAGGAAGAACACUACCAGACAUUCCUAGUUCACCUCAUCUGGUAGUGUCUCCAGUUGUCAUUAAUAGUUUAACAGUAGCUUAUACUGUACCAGUUCUUAAUGAAACUACUAUCAAUAUAACAUGGAGUCCACCAUCUCAUCCUAAUGGAGAAAUCACUGGAUUUAUUAUUAGAAUAGCUACUGAUGCUAUUACUAGCCCUAAUAAUGUUCCAUUUGUGACUGGCAGAGCAUCAUAUUCACUAAUAUUUGGAGGAUUAAGAGCAAGGAUACCUUAUUAUGUUUCAGUUGUAGCAGUCAAUGAAGUUGGUGAAGGAAAUUCUGCCACUGCUAUUGUCUUCACUAAAUCUGACAGUAGCAUUACAGUAUCACCAUCAAAUGUACAAGCAAUGAGAAUAGGAGAUACAAUAGUGUUAUCAUGGGAUCCAGUGACACUAGAAGAAGCUAAAGGAUUCUUUGUAUACAGUAUCAGAUUAACUCCUGAUGAUGGUAGCACUAGCAGUACAUUAAGACAAACUAAUACAAGAACUAUAUCAGUAGCUUAUGAUACCACAUCAGUUAAUAUAACUGAUACUGAACCACAGUUAGCUUAUACUGUGAGUAUUAGUGUAUUGCUAUUGAGUGAUGUAGGACUAAUUGAAGGACCAGCAACUCACACUUCCAUAACAAUGCCACCUACAAUUAUCAAUAACACUGAUGAUGAUAGUCUUCCUUUGGUAGCAGUGAUAGCGCCAACUGCAUUAAUAAUGAUUUUCUUUGUUUUGUUGGUACUUGUGUGCAUUGUUAUUGUAGUAUUGUACAGAAAAAAGUCUAAAAAGUUUGACAUAAGCAAAGACAAUGAACUCAGUGUAGCACCUAAUGUAGGAUAUGGUUUAGUAGCAAUUGCUAAUACUUCUGCAACACAAAAUAAUGAAGACAUAUAUGAGAAGAUUGAUGAAUAUUUAUAUGAACCAAUAGAUGAUAAAAUAGUGCAGCAAAAAGAAGAGGAUACUCCAAUUGUAGGAGACAGUGUUGAUAAUAUAGCAAUAGCCAACUGUCCUGCAUAUGCUACCAGUCCUAUUGCUGCUCCAAUAUUUAGUCCCAAUCAAGGAGAGACAAACGAGGAGCAAGAUGUUGAUGCAUACGAAGAUAUGUCUUAAAGUGCUUUAAUUGAUUUAUAAAUUGGACAAGGUCUGCUUUGAAUAAAAAUUGUGUCAAGGCAGUUUUAAAAUUUUUUGCAGUUAAAAAAAAUUUUUAAAUUUAUGCUAUUGCUCACUCACUAAUCUCCUUUUAUCAAUAGUCCUUAUAAUAUAUGCACAAUUUUAACACUACGUCUUCUAACAAUGUUAAGUGUAUUAUGUUGAAAUGGAAAAAUU